GCGGUGGCGGCCGCCCUGCAGUCAGCUGGGCUGUGGGCAGCCCCUGCCUGUCCUGUCUGGGCCAGCACUGAAAUCAGGGAGCAGCCGCCGGCUUGGGAGCCACCUCUGGGGAGCAGAGGGGCAGGAGGGAGCCAGGCAUGCCAAGCCCUCAGCUCUGAGGCCACCGCGGUCAUGGAGCGCCUGGCGGAGGUGACGGCCGAGGAGGCGACAGCGGGGAGGCCGCCCGCAGGGCCCUCGGAAGCCCAGGCCGCAGCCAGAGACGACGUGGCCCCUCCUGCUGGCCUCGCUGACCCAGCCGCUGGGACCCCUCCCGGCCAGAUCGGAGUGUACCCCACAGACCUGACCCUGCAGCUGCUGGCCGUGCGGGAGCAGAGUGGGCGGCCAGACCCGGGCCUGCAGCAGCUGGUGCGGCGCCGGCUGCGCCUGUUGGAGAGCGACAGCCGGGAGGUGGCCCGUGCGCUCGGGGAGCUGUCGGCCAGGCUGCUGUCCAUCCACAGCGACCAGGAGCGCAUUCUGGUCACCUUUAAGACCUUCGAAGAAACCUGGAAGUUUUCCACGUACCACGCUCUGGGCUUCACGCACCGCUGCCUGGAAAACCUGCUGGUGGAGCCGGCCUUCUGGCUGCAGGCGCCCGGCGCCGAGGGGGCGGCGGCCGUCCGUGUGCACGUGGACGAGGAGGCCCUGAGGCUGACGUGUGAGAGCCUCCUUCUGCAGGAAGGCCCCUUCUUUGUCCUCUGUCCCGACGGCCGUGUGAGAGAGACGACCGCCCCCCAGGCGCCAGGGAAGGGCCCCCCGCCCCUCAGGCGGGCCUCGGGGGCCCCGCAGGGAGAGGGGGCCCCAGAAGCCGGCUGUUGGGGCCCCCACCCCAGCACGGCCUCCACGGACAAGGCAGCGGCCGCACCGGAACCUCUGAGUCCGUUCCAUCAGUGGGCUCUCAGGGCCUCGUGGGACGCCGUCGACGACGCCCUGGACGGACCCGUGGUCCCCGACUGCCUGCUGAUGGCGGCAGGCCCGGCCUCGGCGCUGGCUGACCGCCAGGCCUCGGGGCCCGAAGAGCUGAGCUUCCGUGCCGGUGACUGCAUCGAGAUCAUCGGCGCCCGGGUGCCCGGCCUGCCCUGGUGCGUGGGCCGGCACGCGGCCUCGGGCCAAGUGGGCUUUGUGCCCAGCAGCCUCAUCCGUGAGCAGGGCCCCGCCUCCGAGGUGGGCCAGGCGCCCUUUCUCAGCGAGGAGGAGGGCGCCUUCUUCAGCCAGGAGGGCCGCUUCUCCGCGGAGGACGCCAGGCAGCUGGUGGCCAGUGUGGCGGGCACCGGCAUGGGCACCACGUACUGCCUAGACAGGUUCGACGCCGCCGCGUGGGAGCAGCCAGAGGUGCAAGAAACACCUGCGCCUUGUCCGGACCCUGAGCCGAGCGAGACGCUGCAGAGGGUGAAGAAUGUUCUGGAACAGUGUAAAACCCAGGAGGGCUGCCCGGAAGAGUCAGCACCCGAGGACUUCCACACGGCGCCCAGUGCUGUGAGCCCAGUGCACGCUGAGGAGCCCCCCUUCCGCCUGGCUGCUGGGGCCGACUGGGCCGACCCCGAGGCCCUGGGCCCACUGCUGAGGGUCCUCAACGCCCCCGGGUACGCGGCCUGCUUCCGAGGCCUGUACACCGCGGCCCCACCCUGGCCGGGCAGCGUGUUCGGCGGCGGCAUGGAGGAGGAGGAGCUGGCGGCGCGCCUGGCCCAGGCUCGGGGCGCGGCCAAGGAAGCCGGCCUCACCAUGGCCCUGGCCAGGCUCUGCCUCCUCCUGGGCCGGCUGUGCGCCCGGCGGCUCAAGCUGUCCCAGGCCCGCGUGUACUUCGAGGAAGCCCUGGGGGCGCUGGGCGGCCGCUUUGGGGACCUCUUCCUGGUGGCGGCCGUGUACGCCAACCUGGCCGCCGUGUACCUGAAGCAGAAGAACCGGGAGAGGUGCGCGCAGACGGUGCCCAAGGCCGCGGCGCUGCUGCUGGGGACGCCGGGCCACGCGUGCAGCACGGAGGCCGGGCCUGAGCUCCUCCAGUGGGCGCUGCGCCGGGCCGUCCGCGGCCAGAGCCCGCAGGCCGAGGCCCGGGCCUGCUUCCUGCUGGCCAGGCACCACGUCCAGCUCAAGCAGCCCGAGGAGGCCCUGCCCUUCCUGGAGCGGCUGCUGCUUCUGCCUUGCGCCCCGGGGGCGCCGUGGGCGGCGGACUGCUACCUGCUGCUGGCCGGCAUCUACAGCCGCACGUGCCUGCCGCACCUGGCCCUGAGCUGCGCCAAGGUGGCCUCCGUGCGGACUCAGGCCUCGCUGGCCAGCUCACUGCAGAGCGCCGGCCUGGUCCUGCACAAUGCCCCGCGGGGGGCGGCCCGCGGCCUGCCCGCCCAGCUCGCCCCCUACCUCAGGCAGGCGCUGGCCUGCCCGGCCUCGGACACGGGGCGCGCCCUGCGCGGCCGCCUGUGUGCGGGCCUGGCCCGGCUACACAGCCAGCACGGACAGCACGGGCCGGCCAUCGCCCUCACCGUGCAGGCGGCCGAGGCCGAGGCCGAGGCCCGGGCCGGGGCCCGCGCCGUCGUGGACCAGCUGCUGGCCCUGGCCUGGCUGCACGUGCUGCACGGGCAGAGCGCGGGGGCCUUGGACGUCCUGCGGGCCCUGGAGGCCGCGGGCGUGGCCGGCGAGGACCUGGAGGGCGUGAUCGCCAACACAACGGCCGUGGCGCUGAAGCGGACACGCAGGACGCGGCAGGCGGCCGAGGGCUUCUACCGUGCCCUGCGUGCCGCCCGCGGGCUGGGCCAGCUGCGGAACCAGGCCGUGGUCCUGGCCAACCUGGGGGCCCUGUGCCUGCAGGCGGGGGCCGGCGGGCUGGCUCAGCACUACCUCCUGGAGGCCGUGCGCCUCUUCUCGCAGCUGCCGGGCGCCGAGUGCGGCCCGGACUUCACCCACGUGCUCCUGCGGCUGGGCCACCUGUGCACCGGCCGGGCCCUCGCCCAGCAGGGCAAGUGCUACUACCAGUGGGCCUUUCUGGUCGCCGUGGAGACGGACCACCUGGAGGGCCAGCUGCGGGCCGUGCAGCACCUGUGUCACUUCUACAGCAGCGUGGCGCCCCGCGAGGCCCAGUGCGUCGUCUACCACGAGUUCCAGCUCGCGCUGGCCCGCAGGGCGGCCGACAAGGCGCUGGAGGGGCAGCUCUUGGAGACCAUCAGCAGGCUCUACCUGGCGCUGGGCACCGAGCGCGCCUACAGGUCCGCCCUGGACUACACCAAGCGCAGCCUGGGCAUCUUCAUCGACCUGCAGAAGAAGGAGAAGGAGGCGCACGCCUGGCUGCAGGCCGGCAAGAUCUACUACAUCCUGCGGCAGAGCGAGCUGGUCGACCUGUACAUCCAGGUGGCGCAGAAUGCGGCCCUGUACACGGGGGACCCGCACCUGGGGCUGCAACUGUUCGAGGCGGCCGGAGACAUCUUCUUCAACGGGACCUGGGAGCGGGACAAGGCCGUGUCCUUCUACCGGGACCGGGCACUGCCCCUGGCCGUGACCACGGGGAACCGCGAGGCGGAGCUACGUCUGUGCAAUAAGCUGGCGGCGCUGCUGGCCGCGCUGGACACGCCCCAGGAGGGCCUGGAGUUCGCCCACACGGCCCUGACCCUCAGCAUCGCCCUGGGGGACCGGCUCAACGAGCGGGUGGCGCACCACCGGCUGGCGGCGCUGCACCAGCGGCUGGGCCGGGCCGAGCUGGCCGAGCACUUCUACCUGAAGGCGCUGUCGCUGUGCAGCUCCCCGCUGCAGUUCGACGAGGAGACGCUGUACUACGUGAAGGUGUACCUGGUGCUCGGCGACCUCAUCCUCCACGACCUCAAGGACCCGUUCGACGCGGCCGGCUACUACGAGCUGGCGCUGGCGGCCGCCGUGGACCUGGGCAACAAGAGCGCCCAGCUCAAGAUCUGCACGCGCCUGGCCGCCAUCUACCGCGGCGCGCUGGCCGACCGCGAGAGGGCGCUCUUCUUCUACCAGAAGGCGCGGGCCUUCGCCUGCGAGCUGAGCCUCCGCGGGGGCCGGCGCCGGCUCUGAGCGCGGCCGCCAGGGGGCGGGCUCCGGGCGCAGAGCAAUAAACGGGUUUGCGUGA